AUUCUUAGUCAUCAACACCAGCACAUGGUACCAGGAAAUGAUACACAAAAUCCAGGAUUUCUUCUUCAGGGUUUAUCAGUGGAACCAGAACUGCAACCAUUCAUAUUUGGAAUGUUCCUCUCCAUGUAUCUGAUCACUUUGUUUGGAAAUCUGCUCAUCAUCCUGGCUGUCAUUUCAGACUCCCAUCUUCACACUCCCAUGUACUUCUUCAUCUCCAACUUGUCCUUUGUUGACAUCUGUUUCACUACCACGACAAUCCUAAAGAUGCUAAUAAAUAUACAGAUCCAGAGCAAAGUUAUAUCCUAUGGAGGGUGCAUCACCCAGAUGUAUUUUUACAUGCAGUUUGCAGCACUGGAUGAUUUUCUUUUGACUGUGAUGGCCUAUGACCGCUUCUUGGCCAUCUGCCACCCGCUGCACUACACAGUCACCAUGAACCCCCGACUCUGUGGACUGCUGGUGCUGCUGUGCUGGAUCAUUAGUGCCCUGUUUUCCUUGUUAGAAAGCUUACUGGUCUUACAGCUGUCCUUCUGUACAGACUUAGAAAUCCCCCACUUUUUCUGUGAAAUCAAACAGGUGGUACUACUUGCCUGUUGUGACACUUUUCUUAAUGAUGUUUUUAUGUAUUUUACAUCAGUGUUGUUGGGUGGUGGCCCCCUGGCUGGUAUUCUUUAUUCUUACUCUAAGAUAGUGUUCUCUAUACAUAGAAUCUCAUCACCUCAGGGGAAAUAUAAAGCAUUUUCCACCUGUGUAUCGCACCUCUCAGUUGUCUUCUUAUAUUAUUGUUCAAGCCUAGGAGUGUACCUUAGUUCUACUGGUACCCACAGCUCAUACUCAAGUGCAACAGCCUCAGUGCUGUACACUGUGGUCACACCCAUGCUGAACCCCUUCAUCUACAGUCUAAGAAAUAAAGACAUAAAGAGCGCUCUGAAAAGAUUCUUUCAGAUGGCAGUCAUAAAAAGGAAAAUUGUUCUGGAUCUGAAGAAUCAUCCUUGAAGAAGGACUCAAAACCUUAAAACAAGGAAUCCCUAUUGUUUGAUCAGAUUCUGGGUGUUGAACUUGCUGUUUGUAUUAGUUUAUUAAAAUUUCCAUUUCUUUGAUUUGAACACUUUAGACAAUUUGUAUACUCACUAUUUUAAGUUUCCCCCUCUAUCUGCUGAUUUUUUUGUUCAUUUUCUUUUGUCCAUUUCCCUACUUUUCCAUUUUUAU